GGAGAAUCUCCGAUUUCACUCAAUUCUAUUCUUAGUUCUGUAUAUAUUUAGUGGUUGUUAGUUGACUACGGCAGCGACGAUGUCAGUGCCGGUGGCGUACCAAGGCAACACGUCGGCGGCGGUGGCGGACUGGCUGAACAAAGGCGACAACGCAUGGCAGAUGGUGGCGGCGACGCUGGUGGGGCUGCAGUCCGUCCCCGGGCUGGUCAUCCUCUACGGCAGCAUCGUGAAGAAGAAGUGGGCGGUCAACUCUGCCUUCAUGGCGCUCUACGCCUUCGCCGCCGUGUGGCUUUGCUGGGUCAUCUGGGCCUACAACAUGUCCUUCGGCGACAAGCUCCUCCCUCUGUGGGGCAAGGCCAAGCCUGCGCUCGGCCAGAAGUUCCUCAUCAAGCAGGCGGAGCUGCCGGCCACCGUCCACUACUACAAGGACGGCACCUUGGAGACGGCCAUGAGUACCCCUUACUACCCCAUGGCUUCCAUGGUCUACUUCCAGUGCGUCUUCGCCGCCAUCACCCUCAUCCUCCUCGCCGGCUCCCUCCUCGGCCGUAUGAACAUCAUCGCCUGGAUGCUCUUCGUCCCCCUCUGGCUCACCUUCUCCUACACCGUCGGCGCCUUCUCCCUCUGGGGCGGAGGCUUCCUCUUCCAGUGGGGCGUCAUCGACUACUCCGGCGGCUACGUCAUCCACCUCUCCUCCGGCAUCGCCGGCUUCACCUCCGCUUAUUGGGUUGGGCCGAGGUCGACGAAGGACAGGGAGAGAUUUCCCCCAAACAACGUGCUGCUGAUGCUCGCCGGAGCCGGACUCCUGUGGAUGGGGUGGGCCGGGUUCAACGGCGGCGAUCCUUACUCGGCCAACAUCGACUCGUCGGUGGCGGUGCUCAACACCAACAUCUGCGCCGCCACCAGCCUCCUCGUCUGGACCUGCCUCGACGUCAUCUUCUUCAAGAAGCCGUCGGUGAUCGGCGCGGUGCAGGGCAUGAUCACCGGCCUCGUCUGCAUCACUCCCGGCGCCGGGUUGGUGCAAGGGUGGGCGGCGAUCGUGAUGGGGAUCUUAUCCGGCAGCAUCCCCUGGUUCACCAUGAUGAUCGUCCACAAGCGCUCCCGCAUCCUGCAGCAAGUCGACGACACCCUCGGCGUCUUCCACACCCACGCCGUCGCCGGCCUGCUCGGCGGCCUCACCACCGGCCUGUUCGCGGAGCCCACUCUCUGCUCCCUCUUCCUCCCCGUCACCAACUCCCGCGGCGCUGUCUACGGCGGCGUCGGCGGUGUCCAGUUCCUCAAGCAGAUCGCCGGCGGCCUCUUCAUCAUCGGCUGGAACCUCGUCGUCACCACCAUCAUCUGCCUCGUCAUCAACCUCCUCGUCCCGCUGCGAAUGUCGGAGGAGCAACUCCUUAUCGGAGACGACGCAGUGCACGGCGAGGAGGCCUACGCCUUGUGGGGCGACGGCGAGAGGUACGACUCUACGCGCCACGGCUGGUACAACGACGACACGACGCACGCCGCCCAGCACCAGCCGGCCACCGGCGUCACGCAGAACGUUUGAUGAUCAAGUAGCUCCUGAUCAAUCGAUCCAUUCAAUGAAAGAAUCAAAGAUGUGUUUGAUUAAAUUAUGGGGAAUUAAGUAUUUCUGAUUUGUAGCAUGAAA